AUGCAGUCCUCACCGUCCAACGUCCACACCUUCCACACCGUCAACAAGCAUCUCAAUAUCCGUGAAUUACAUGGGAGACACCGGUGUGAACAGACAAUUGCAUCUCAUACUGACGGGUCGCCUGCGAUCCAAUUGUCUCUAUUCGCAAAGACAAUACGAGCUUACAAGAUCUAUCUCUACGUUUGGACAAGCCAGAAUCGAGAAUUUGUCUUCAUUGCUAUGCUAUCGACUUCCCCCAUGGUUCGGGCCUACAUAAUGUACCCAGAGAUGAGUCGUGCAGGUCUUGGCUUCUUCAAGCGCCGAAGCGAUGCUUGA